CUUAGUAAACUUGGCAGUCACUAGUAAGCAAACAACAAUUUUCGAACUCUUCUUCUUGCUUUGACUAUUUAUCCUUUAGCUAGCUUUUUCAAAACUAUCCAUUUACACUUCUACUUCUACUUCUUCUUCUUCUUCUUCUUCUUCUUCUUUCAUCAUCUUCUUGUCCUCCUUGUGUUGAAAUUAAAGUAUUUGAGGGAAGUAGUUUCUUUUUGUAGAAAAAAAUGGUGAACAAGAGAAGUCGUUCAAGCUACCAAGUGAUAUCUCCAUUGGCAGUGACAAUAUUUGCACACUUGUUGUUCAUAGCUAUCACAACACUUGUGUUAGUCUGGCUUUUGCACUUUCGAGAAGGCCUUGCUUUCAGAACAAGCAACAAACCCAAGAUUUUCAAUAUUCAUCCAUUGCUUAUGGUUAUUGGAUUUCUCUUAAUAGCUGGAGAAGCUAUAAUGGCAUACACCACAACUCCAACAUCAAGCAAGAACCAUAAAUUGUAUCACAUGAUUCUUCAUUUGAUUGCUCUUGUGGCUGGAAUUAUUGGUGUAUAUGCUGUUUUCAAAUAUCAUGAUGAAUCUGGAAUUCCUCAUAUGUAUACCUUUCACUCUUGGAUUGGCCUUUCCACCAUCACUCUCUUUGGUUUGCAGUGGCUAUUGUCCUUUUUGACCUUCUUAUUCCCCGGGGCGCGAACGUCAACAAGGUCAAGGGUGGUUCCAUGGCAUGCCCUAAUGGGGAUCAUCAUCUUCUUCAUGGCAAUUGUAGUUGCAUUGACAGGCUUGGUGCAGAAAUUCAUAUUCUUGAGCCUUACAAGGAACGAAGAAGGACUUAUAGUUAAUUUCAUUGGGCUAUUGAUACUUCUCUUUGGAAUUUCAGUUGGUGUCACCGUUCUGGUGUAAAAUUGAUAAAUAGCCAUUGUUAUGGAGUUUUAAAUUUCAGAUGAAUUUUCAGGAUUUUUUCGUGGAGUUCACCUGUGAAAUUUAAAAUUCCAUAAUAGUGGCUAUUUUUCAUGGAUCGGAAAGUGGUUAGUGAAGACUUACGCUAUUCUCCUACUUGGUGUGGUUAUUAGUCAAACAUUCAAAUUUGUUGUAAAUGUUUUUAUGUUCUCUCGUGUGCUAUAAAGAAUUACUAAGUCCUUGUAUGUUUGGUUUGGUUUUGUAUCUUUUUUUCAUUACAUUUUUUUUUUGUUUUGUAUUCGAGUGUUAAUUCUUGUAUUUAAAGUGGCUAUGUAAAUAGACUUUUUCCUUAGUUGAUUA